AUAUAUAUCCUAUUGUUAAUAUGAAUUUGAAACACCUUUUGAGGAAAAUGUCACUAACUACAGGAAUUAAAUACUUACAUGCAACCAAAAGUUUUUAAUUUGUUGAAGUUCUAUUGAAGUGUGUUCCCUUGAGCCGGUUCAUAAAUUAAGGUUGUUCCAUUUCACCAUUUGGACAUCAACUCUGUUGAAACAGAAACUACAAACAAGCAUCACAGUGAAUAUAGCAAGUUAGUUACAUGGAUUCUGUGUAUAAGAAUCCAGCUGAACCCAUUGAAGCUCGCAUUAAAAACCUUCUUUCUCUUAUGACUUUGAAAGAGAAGAUUGGUCAGAUGACCCAAAUUGAGCGCUCUGUUGCUACUCCUUCUGCCAUAAAAGAUUUCACCAUUGGGAGUGUAUUCUGUGCUCCACCAAAUAGUGUAACUUCUGAGAAAGAAGUGUCAUCAGAUUGGGCUGAUAUGAUAGAUGGGUUUCAGAAGUUGGCACUUGAAUCACGGUUAGGCAUACCAAUCAUUUAUGGGACUGAUGCUGUUCAUGGUAAUAAUAAUGUCUAUGGCACUACUAUAUUUCCUCACAAUGUUGCCCUUGGAGCUACCAGAGAUGCAGAAUUAAUUCAAAGAAUUGGAGCUGCGACAUCACUUGAACUAAGAGCAAGUGGAAUUCACUAUACUUUUGCACCUUGUGUGGCUGUCUGCAAAGAUCCAAGAUGGGGAAGAUGCUAUGAAAGUUACAGUGAAAACACUGAAAUAGUCAGAAAGAUGACUUCUUUUGUUUCAGGCUUACAGGGUCAGCCUCCAGAUAAUCAUCCAAGGGGCUACCCAUUUGUGGCUGGGAGGAACAAAAUUAUUGCUUGUGCCAAACAUUUUGUUGGAGAUGGAGGCACAGAAAAAGGUGUAAAUGAGGGGAAUACUAUAUUAUCAUAUGAAGACUUGGAGAAGAUCCACAUGGCCCCUUAUGUGGAUUGUAUAGCACAGGGUGUUUCGACCAUUAUGGUCUCAUAUUCCAGUUGGAAUGGAGUCAAACUCCAUGGUCAUCAUUUCCUUAUAAAUGAAAUUUUGAAAGAAAAGCUAGGCUUCAAGGGAUUUGUGAUUUCUGACUGGGAGGGAAUUGAUGAAUUAUGUCAACCUUAUGGGUCAGAUUAUCGUUAUUGCAUCUCCACUGCCAUUAAUGCUGGAAUUGACAUGGUGAUGGUUCCUUUUAGAUGUGAAAAAUUCAUGGAAGAGUUGACCUCUCUAGUUCAAUCAGGAGAAGUACCAAUAGUCAGGAUUGAUGACGCCGUUGAGCGGAUUUUAAGGGUGAAGUUUAUUGCUGAGCUUUUUGAAUUUCCUUUAACUGAUAGAUCUUUGCUGGAUACAGUUGGUUGCAAGAUACAUAGAGAUCUAGCACGCGAAGCGGUUCGAAAGUCCUUGGUUCUGUUGAAAAAUGGAAAGGAUCCUAGUAAACCUUUUAUUCCUUUGAAUAAGAAGGCCAAGAGAAUCCUUGUUUCUGGAACUCAUGCUAAUGAUAUUGGGUAUCAAUGUGGAGGAUGGACAUGUACCAAGUAUGGAUCUAGUGGCCAGAUAACAAUUGGAACAACUAUAUUGGAUGCUGUUAAGGAAGCUGUGGGACAUGAAACGGAAGUUAUAUAUGAGCAGUACCCAUCAACAAACUUCAUAGAAUCUAAUGAAUUUUCUUUUGCCAUUGUUGCAAUUGGUGAAGCCCCCUAUGCUGAGUGUGGAGGUGACAAUAAAGAACUUGUAAUCCCAUUUAAUGGACCUAAAAUUAUAAACAUAGUUGCUGAUAAAAUCCCAACACUUGUGAUUCUGAUAUCUGGAAGACCUUUGGUAUUAGAACAAAGUCUUUUGGAAAAGAUGGAAGCUCUUGUUGCGGCAUGGUUGCCCGGUACCGAAGGACAGGGAAUCACAGAUGUUGUAUUUGGUGAUCAUGACUUCAAGGGUAAAUUACCAAUGACUUGGUUUAGAAGUGUUGAACAUCUUGAUCAACAUGUUGAGGGAGUGAAUUCAUGUGACCCCUUAUUCCCUCUUGGUUAUGGACUGACUUGUAAUAAGGAGAAUUCAUAUGAUUGAAUGUUUGAGUUACCAAAGACUUGCUUAAGGAUUCAAUGUAAGGAGAUUGUGAACAAUCUAUGCAUUUAUGAUACUGUUGGUUGUUCUUUUACAAUUUGUAUGUCCAUGACAUUUGCUUUCAUGAACUUUGAUCUAAUAUAAGUAUGCAUUUGGAACCAUUUUUUGAA